UUUAUUGUUGAUUAACUUGAUUGUUAAGAUAAUUUAAUUGCUCUCCCUCUUUGGUUGAUUCUUCUCACUUUCUCUUUAUUAUCAUGAUGAUAAUUUCACGUUCUUAUUCAGUUUGAUUUCAUCUCUUGUCCAUGGUUAAGGUUGAGACAAUUAAUUAAUCUCACCAGUUAAUCCUUGUAACGUGAUUAGUUGAUUUUGUUUAUGUUACAUUUUAAUUGAUCGGGAAACUUAAUUAGUGAUUAUUUUUUUUCCAACCCUUUAUUAGCCUUUACCCUUGACCCUUUAACUUCUCUCCAUUGUCUAUAGUAAUCUUUUAACUGAUUAUUUUCAUCAUCAAUAUGUUAGGUAGAUCUUUCUCCUUAGCAAGUAAAAAUGUUCCUUGUUUAGUAAAACCUUCAAAUGAUUUAGUUAAUUCCCAGCGACUCUGUUUCUCAAUUUGUCAACAACCAAACCGAUUGGACUGGUUUUAUAAUCACAAUUCAAUUGAUAUCGCGGCUGUAAAGCCCUCCGUUCGUUUAACCCCAGCAACCCUUUUGUAUGCUGGUAAGAGUCCAGAUGGAAGUCAUCUAUUGAGAAGUGCACAAUAUUUACAUAAGGAAUUACCCGUUCGAAUAGCCCAUAGGAUCGCUGGAUUUCGAGAGUUACCUUUUAUUGUCGGAUGUAAUCCAACCAUUCUUGGAGUCCAUGAGCAAUAUAUCCAGGCCUUUUACACCGUCACAGAGUUUCCCGAGAUCACAGAUCUCGAAACAGAGAAACGAUACACAUCCAUGUUGAGGCAAUUACUUGACACCCACAAGGACGUGGUUACCAGGCUGGCCGAAGGAUUUAGAGAAUCAAGGAAACACAUAAAGAACGAAGAGAUUAUCCGAAGUUUCCUGGAUAGAACUUUAACCUCCCGUCUUGGAAUGCGAAUUCUCGCCGAACAUCAUUUAGCUCUUCAUAGUGAGCAAUCUAAUCACGUUGGAAUAAUUAAUCUUGCAAUGAAACCCAAACAAUUAAUCGAGAAAUGGUGUGAUUAUGUUCGGGUUUUAAGUGAAAAUAAGUAUGGAAAGUCGCCCGCUUUUCGUCUGAAUGGUCAUCUUAAUGCGACCUUUCCUUACAUCGAAGCUCCAUUAGAUUAUAUUCUUCCCGAGCUUCUUAAAAAUGCUGUCAGAGCUAAUGUUGAGUCGCAUUUGGAUUCACCAAAUGUACCACCGAUAACCAUAACAAUAGCUCAGAAUAAUAUUGAUUUCAUCAUUAGAAUUUCUGAUCGUGGUGGUGGAAUAUCUCAUGACAUGAUUGAUCUUGUUACUCAAUAUCAUUUUACGACCUCUGGAAUGUCCACCGAUCAUCGGAUCGAUGGAGGUCUAUUCGGCUGUAUGAUGCACGAGCCCAAUUCGUCGACCACCAAAAUGCACGGAUUUGGAUUCGGUUUGCCAACAUCAAGAGCCUACGCCGAGUAUCUUGGUGGCUCAUUAACGAUUGAAUCGAUGCAGGGAACAGGAACUGAUGUGUACCUAAGGUUAAAACACAUCGAUGGUAAACACGAGAGCUUCCGAAUCUGAUCUCAAACUAAUCAACAAUCAACUUUGACUCUUUUUUAUCAACGAAAUGUGUUUAUUUGUUUUUUGUUUUUCUCUCUUUUUGAUUUACUUUUUUCUUUGCCCAUGUUUACAAUUACUUUUAAUUCGUGUAAAAUUCAUGAAAUUAUACUCGAUCAACUCCACACCAUUGAUUAUCUUUUUUUUUCACAUGAGUUGCACCAAGAAAAUAAACAAAUC